ACAGAGAAACCCUGUGUACAUGGAGAGGAGGUUGCUCCAUGCUUCUGGGGAAAGAAUGGUGCUUGGGAGGAAAGUAAUAGGAAACAUCUUCUCCACUGGAAAAUCCGAGAGACAAGAAGACAAGGAGGACUUCAAAUGAUGCUCUGCUCAUCUAGUGAUCUCUUGAUGCUACAACCACACAUGUGAUCAAGAGGGUGGGGAUGUCUCAGAGUAAACCCAGCAAAGAUGGUUCUACCACCACCUCAUCAGAAUGCCCUGUGUGUUACGAGCCGUUUCAGUCUCCAAAGGUCUCACGUCGGAUGCUGAGCUGUGGGCACACCUUUUGCCAUGACUGUUUGGUCAAAUGCCUCCUGGUGUCACGGGACGAAGGUCGGCUCCAGAACACCCUCACGUGCCCCGUCUGUCGUUUUGUGACCUUUCUCUGCAGAAAAAGGGCCCGCUGGCUGCCGAAGUCAGCCCUGAACCCUCCAGCUCUAGAGUUACCACUUUCACCCUCCUCUCUGCCUUGUGGAGUUACCUUAAGUCCAUCAAACACUUUAGUUGUGCCUGGCCAUUUCCUAGCACCAUUCCAUGGUUAUGACACCCACCAGGAUAUGUGUGGCUGCCCUGGCAUAAUGCAGCCUGGUGGCUUGGAGCGGGAACCCCACAUCUUCAUUAUCACCCAGUGUGGCAUGCCGUUGAUUGAAGAAAACUUUGCUGCUGCCAUAGCUCACAACAACAAUGUGGAAGCUCCAGAAUCGGUAUCUUCAAGGUCUCUGGGAAUAAUAAGUUGCUUCCGAUCGCCAAUCAUGCUGGCCAUUUUCCUUGUUUCUGCUGUUGCUUUGUUGGGGGCUGUUCUCCCAUGGCUACUACUUGAGAGAAAGAAUGAAUGAAUAUGGGAUUGAGGGCGGACUUCCUAAUAGUCCUAAUAUGAACACAGUGGAUGGGCCUAAAUAAAAAAUGGUGGAGGGCCUUCAUUUAGCAGCCUAACACAAAUAUGGUGGAUGGACUUUACUAGGGGCCUAAGAUGGUGAGUGGUAUACAAACUGUUUUAGAAGCCUGCCAUGAAUGUGAUGGAUUUAAUUCCUUAUAUGGUCUUAAUAUGUAGGAUCCUCCCGUUCCUCCUGUGGAGCUACAGUAAGCUCCAGGUUGUCCCUUGCUCCCUUUGAAAUAUCAGCGAAACUCAAAAGUUUUACAGAUUGAUGGGAGAUAUCUCAAGGAAACUGUGAACUGCAGGAAAUAAUGUAUUUUCUCUUUGAUCAAGAUUGAUAAUUUCUCAGUAAUGGUUCAGGAGAAGGAGAGGCUCUGAAUGAAAGUGUCAAAUCAUCCUCUUUUAAGGGCAUUAUUUGUUUCUUACAAAGUAGUCUGCCCUUUCUCCAGGGAGCUCAAGGGGACUUGAUUAUCAUUUCCAACUUCCCUGGAGUGUAGUCAGAAUAGGUAGAGGGGUGAUGGCUACCUGAUGAGUUCUACAGAAGACCAGGAAUCUAAACCUACACUUCCUAAACCCAACCCCAACUCACUAGGUACCUCUAGAAGCAAAUGGUGAACUUCUGGGGAGAAGGACAUGCUGACAGUAGUGUUUCUUGACAGCUCAGUGUUAUUCCAUCUCUUAUGUCAGUGCCCAUAAUUAUAAAAAUAAACUGCAGACUUUGAAAGAAGCCUAAGGCAACUGGGUAGUUCUAGCCUUAAGGAAAUCCUCUGUUUCUAUCCUGCCCAGGUAAGUUGUAGCUUUUUGGCUUCACCACUCUGAGGAAUUUAUUGUGCAAGGCAGGCAAACUGGCAUUGUAGCUGGACUGGUGAUAAUCCCUAUUGUGCAAUGCCACAUGUAAUCUGCUGCUGGUUUGAUUUUCCUCUCCUGUGAUUCUCUUGUCUCAAGCUAUUAAUGAGAAACCCCUACCAAUAGCUCCCAAUCCCAGAAUGUUCCCAUAACCUGCCUUUGUACAAUGGGUCCCUUCUGCUUCUGUACUGGUAUGCCUGCAAUCAAAUGAGGACAGGAGGAGGAAUCCUUCUCCUCUCCUGCUCUCUCCACUUUUCUUUGCUAUUCAAACUUUUUCCUUUUAUUUUAUAUUUUGCAUUUGUAUUUGCUUUUUUUGGGUUGUUUUUAGUGCUUGAAUUGUUCAAUUGAGCUACAAAUUAAAAAGGUUAAAGAACAGCAGUAGUGCAGGAAGGUGAGAUCAUGAGGGUGUGUGGAAGGAUAGUCGCAGGGCCAUAAUGGACAAACUGUUGCAAUUGCACUAGUGAAAAGAGGUGAAAUAUCGAGGGUGCUCAAUGCAGUAUAUCCACUAUCAAUGAUAAUACGACUGUAGUAGAAUAGUGGGUUUGUGUGAUAGAAUUGUGAGAAAACUUUCCAUCCUCCCACCAGACUAAAGGCCGGGGACCAAGGAAUGCUCUUUCCGUUCUUAACAGAAAGUGCAGUGGAGGUGAGACAAAGAUCCUUGUCAUUUAUAAUAUACAUUUAUCAUACACUUAUUGACUCGUAUUUGAUAUUGUGUCAGGAAAGCCAUCUAAUAAUGUACUUCAUGUAAUGCUCAAUCUCAGAUGAUUUAGUUUUUAAUUUGGUUUUAUUUGGCUUUUGUAACUUCUGUUUUUUUCUACUUUUGAUAUUGUUGUUAUUGUGUAGAACUAAAUUAAUAAAAUGUUUCAUUGAUGUUGCA